GUAGGCGUGGCCGGACGGGCGGAAGCGGAAGCGGCGGGAGCGGCCAUGGAGGAGGCGGCGGGAGGGAGGGAGCUGCUGUCCCUGCCCGGGGUCUCUGUCCCUCUGUCCCUGCCCCCGCGGCUGCUGCAGGGACGGCUCCGCGUGCGGCACCGGGCCCAGGACCUGGUGCUGCAGUGGGAGCCCCUGGAGGAGAACUGGGAACCCCCCGGGGAGGAGGAGCCGCCCGACCCCGGCUUCGAGCCCGACUGGGCGGUGCUGAGCCCGGCCCCGCCCCCGCCCCGAACCGGUACCGGGGAUUGGGGAGAAUUCCGGGG